ACGAGAUUUGUCGUCAUAGCAACUCGCACGAUGGAGGAGAGUGUAACGAUUGAGUUUUUUAAAUUAAUUAUAUUUCUGUAAACAAAAUGGACGUAACAAAGCGUAUUAUUGUAUUCAUAACGUUUUUUAUAUGCUGUGGCUGUAUAACAUUCCUAGCAGCUUCGUUAGCAACGAAGGAAUGGAUUGUUGCUAAACCUGUCAGAAUGGUUGUCAAUCUGACCGAUGAGGACGAAGGAAAAUUUCGUGGUUAUAUCCAUUUUGGUCUAUUUGAAGGAUCCAAACAACUAAAUCAUGGUUUUGGAAACAGAAAAACUCAUAUUCUGGUCAGACAAGAAAUUAUUCAAAAUCCUUCUCUCAUGUCAAAUGGCCUAUGGUUGUUUACAAUAAUUUGUGUAUCUCUUGCUACCUUAUUUGCUUUGAUCAGUGCUGUCUUUGCCAUUAUCAACACUGUUUUAAUACCUGUGGAAAUCAUUGUUGGUAUUAUGGGGUUAUAUUUAUGGAAUAGUAUUGGAGCUUUAUUCUCAUUAGCUGCAGUUAUUAGUUGGACCAUACAGUAUUUUACUAAAUUAAAAGACAAUGUUAUGACUACUGAAGAACAAGAUCAAAAUUGGACAUCAAAAGAUAAAGCAUGGUUGGGAUAUAGUUUCUGGUUUGUUGUGAUAGUAAUAAUUUUCUUUCUUUUAAAUAUUGGUUUAGUGACAUUGGCAUUACAGCAGCCAUGGGAACGUCGAAAACCAAAACCAGUGUCAGAAAAAAAUCCUGAAGGAGUGAUCAUGUUAUAUUAAGAUUGAUCUAUUUAACUCUUUAAAAACUUUUUUGUUAUAAAAAUAUUUUACAUUCUGGUAGAAAAACAAUUAACUUGAAUCUCAAUAUUUAAUUCCUUUUGGAAAUUUAUAAAAAGAAUAGUUUGACAGAAUUCAAUCUAGUCUAAAAAUGUAUUGCAAAUUACAUGCCUCAGGUUCCUGUACAAUAUUCAAGUCAUAAGAUAAGACUGUAUUUCUGUAUAUUUUCUUAAAACAAUUUAUUUUUCAUCAUUCUAAUAUUAUAAACAUAUUGAAAAUAUUUUACUUUUAGGACAGGCUAAAAAUUUACAUUGAAAAAUUUUCAUGUGAAAAAACUUGAUUAUGUAAAUGCUUGUAAAUAUCUGAAUUUUAUUUCAGUUAAUUUACAGUUGCUUUUAUAAUUUUAAUGUAUUGUUGACCCUCUAUAUAAUAUACUAAUAGGAACAAGCAGAAGGCCAAUAUCUGUUCUAUCUGAAGAUGUCAUAGUCAAGUAUAAAGCAAACUUUAUAUGAGAUAUAAUGUUCAAAGAAUCUAUAUUCUGGUAAAUACUAGCAAAUGUCACACUUUCAAAUGGAACAAUAGCUUUCAAUAUGCUGCCUAAAAGAUGUUCUGUGCUAGUAAUUGCAAUUUGAUAUUUUCAGAUAUUGUAAUUCCAUUCUGAUAGAUGCAUUGAAACAAACAGAUUUAGUUUGGUUUUUCUGCAGUUCAUUUAUAUUGAGGUUCUGAAAUACUUUUGAAAUAAGGCUUUAAGUAUAAUUUGCUCAUAAAAUCUAAUAUGAUGAAGUCAAUUUUUUUAAUUGUUAAAUAUUGAUCUCAGGAUAGCAAAUGUAAAAUUUUAGAAUUAUAAUUUACAGUAUUUAUAAAAUAUUUAAGUGUGUACAUUAAAUUUAAAUAGCUAUGAAAGAAUAACAACUUUCUAAAUAAUGAAUUUUAUUUAUUUUGAAAAUAUACUGAAAAACUCAAUGAUAUUUUCUCAAAUUAGCCAGUUGGAUUUUUAAAUAUAUUUAUUAUUUACUGUGAAUUUUUAUAUAUAUGUACAAUGUUUUUAACAUAUUAGAUUAUAUGGCGAUAAGUAUAUCUUUACAAAAAAUUAUUUAUUUCCAGUAUGUUUAAUUAAACAUUUCCAGUAGUAUUAUUUUACAAACAUCUAAAUAUUCAUUACUGUAGUAAGUUUUUCUAGUCAAGGAAGUAAUCUCCAAGAUUAUAACUGAAAGUUUAUUUUCUACACAAAAGCUUUUAAUUAUUCAAAAGUAAGUAAAAAAUCAUUUUAAUUGUAUAAUAAUUAUAACAUUGCAAAAUAUCAUAUUUAUUCAAAUAUUACAUAGUCUUGAUUUGAUACUUUGGAAUGAAUUAGAAAUGUGAUACAUAUUAAGGUUGUGAUAAUUUAAUAUUCAUUGACUUUUUUUAGAUCAGCUUGAUUAAUAUGAUUUAUCAGUAAUCAAGAAAUUAUAUAAAUGAAAAAUGGUUUCUCCAAGAAUGUGUAAGUUAUAUUUGAAGAGAAAAUAGAUGAAUUUAAAAUAUUUUAAUCAUUAUGUUUAAAAUCAAGCCUAAUUUGAUUUUAUCCAUUGAACUGUUUAAAACAAGCACAAUAGCUUUUCUUUAGCAUCAACUCUUGUGGGACUAAGUGAUGUAAGGAUUGAUGUUAACUAAUAGUUAACAUUAAAGAGUAUUAUGCAAUUUUAGCCUCAAAGUUUUGCAUAAACAGGGAGCUAUUUCAGUUUGCAUUUCAUUUCAAGACUGCAGUUUGUUUCAGAUUAAUAUUGUUUCAUAAUUCUUUAAAUAAAAAUUUAAGUAAUCAGAUGCAUAUAACAAGAAAAACUAGGAUAUAAAAGAGUCAUUUUAAAAAAUUUGUUAUAAAAAAAUUGAUAUAUUUAGAUAAAACAAACUUUAUAUGAGAUAUAAUGUUUACAAAGAAUUUAACUAAUUUAUCAAUAAGUGAAUCUAUAUUCAGAUUUUCUUGAGGUUUAGUAAAUCAAUAAAGUUAUUUCAGCAUGGAGAGCAUCUGCUGUAGUAGGAACUAUUGUAUUAUUGUAUUGUAUUAUUAAGGAACCAUCCUUAGUCAUUCAACAUCACUUCUUGAUCAUUAUUAAAUUAAAUUUGACAUUUUUAAAACAAAAAUCCUUAAAAUAAAUGUACUGUAUAGUACAAUAUACAGUAAUUUCAUUUAGCAAAUUGUCUAUUAUAUGAAACUUUUUAAACCUUAUGAAAAGACAGCCAAAAUGCCAGAAAAAAUUCUGACAUUUUGAAAACAAAACUCAACUAAAUUUACUUAUAUUUUGGUGAGACUUUACAAAAGCAUUAAUACAAAAUCUGGAAGAUAAGCAGAAAGAACAUGGAUAUUAAAUGAUAUUUAGUACACAAUACAUAUAUUUUAGACUAGAAAAAAAGGUUGUUGGUAACUAUAAGCAGGUUUCCCUUAGGAAGAGUUAAGUGUACACUAAACUAUAGGAUUUUUCCAGGACAUCAAAAAUUGGCAAUCUUAAUAUCAACACGUUCAGAUUCACUGUUGUUUAACAAAAGUCCUCUACAUACUUUCCUUAAUGUAGUUAAUUAUGCUGCACAGUUCUUCAUAAUAUAUGAUUUUUUCAAGAAGAAAAGGAUUUAAAAACAAUUAUUUUUCUAUUAAAUAAUAAAUGUUAUUGGUAAAAAGUCAAUGCUUUUUGCAUCAUAAAUAAUGCAGAAAUAUUUUUAUUAAUAUAUUGUGAAUAAUAAUCAUUUUCUUUUACAGAAAUUGAUUGUAAUUUGAUUGAAGAAAUAGAUGUUAAAAACUAAGUGUAGUGUACAUUUUAUUCUCUAACAUAUUACAUAGUAAUAUAUACCUUAUAAUAAUUAUAUUGACUCCUGUACAAGAGUGAAGUAAUUGUCUAAAUCACUUCUUGUGAAUGUUCUUCCAUUUCUAAGAGGAUGUUUUAUGAUAAUGCAAAGUUCCUUGAACUUGUUAGAAUUUACUAAAUUGCAUAAAGGAUGACAACAAAUCAGGUCAGUAACCAUAUUGGAAAAUAUGCUACAAAAAUACAUAAGUUAAGUAUCAAACAGUAAAAUACCUUGAACUCAUUAUAGAUAAUUAUAUAAUAUAUCAAAAUAAAGAAUGUGUUGUCAUAUCAUGCUUUAAAAAUGUAUGUCCUUCAAUUAAACUGUAGCUGCUUUUCUUUUUUAUUUUAAGAGAUUUUUUUAAUAAACAUGCAAAUACAAAAGCUAAAAUGAAUUCUUUUCUGGCAACACACAAUAUUAAAAAUCUAUGCUAUAUCAAAUUUAGCAAAUACAAAUUACUACAAAAGUAGAAAAUAUAAUUAUUAUCAUUUUUUCUGAUGUGGAAACAAAUCUGAUUUGUAAUAGAAAAAAUAUGUUGUUAUAAAUAGUGCCUUUUAUAAAUCAAAAUUUCUGGUUACUGAAUUCAUCUAUAUUCAUUUACAGUGAUGAUAAAAGAUAAUGAUGAUUUUAUACGAAAUAUUAAAUUGUCACAGCUUUUGAUAUAAAAAGAGUGAAGUUGAAUGUAAACUAAAUAAGAUUCUAAAUCCUAAUAAUAAUUUUAUUAUCAUGUGAAUCUGAAUUUUGAAAAUGUAACAGGUUUGUUUUCUCAUUAUAUAAAAUAAAAAUUUUAAUUAAAAUAUAUGGAAGAAACAAUAUUUUUAUAAUGAAAAUUGAAUGAAGUUUCAAAUUAGAUCUAAACAUUUUCAUAUAAAAGGCCAUUUAUAAAUCUUGGUUGCCAAUAUUAUAAAAAGAUAGACUAAAUAUUAACUUGUAGAUUAUAUGAUAGCAGUUACUCUAUGAAUCACUUUUGAAAUAUUUCAUUUAUCAAGUAAUAAUUUGAUUGUUGUUUUUCUUACAUGUAAUUUCAUUUACUUAUUAAUGUAUUAAUAUUGCUAAAUUGUGUGUGUUUGUUAGAUGGCACAUCAACAUUUUUUUAUGAUUCACAUUAUUUUUCUAUGUAAAUAAAUUGUAUGUAAAUACAUUUUAUCAUAACACUGUUUCAUCAAAAAUAAUUUGUAUAUUAAAUAAUUUUUAAAGAUGCACUUUUAAAUGUAAUUAUAGAAUAAAGUCAUUGCAUGGUAUUUUUUUAAUAUUACUAAAUAUGAAUUGUGUUUGGGUUAUAUUAUGGCUAAUAUUGAACUUUGCACAGAUGUUAGCAUUAAACAAUAAUUUUUUAAUAUUGUUUUGAUUUUAAAUAUUAAAAAAUAGAGAGAAUUUUUUCAUUGAUAAUUUGUCAAUGCACUGAAAUUAUUACUGUAUUUAACAGUAGUGAGUCUUUAGUCUUUCUAAUACAAACUAAUUUUUAUAUGGGUGAUGUUUGGAUUAUUGAAAAUUGUUCUUUAUUUUGUUAACUCAAAAAAAACUACAGACAAAUACAGUAUAACAUUUUAAAAAAAGAUAUGUACCUGGUAAAUAUAUGAUAGCCUCCAUUUAUUGUAAUCACAGGUAAAGUUAUCAAAAUUAGGAAGCCCUAAAACAUACAUCAUUAAAACUUUACUUAAUAAUCAUAUUCGGGUAAAUAGGUCUUUUUAUGCUUUAUUUUCAUGCUGGCAUCCUCAACAUUUGACUAAUAACAUUAAUUAAAAUUGUUGAUUGUACCCAGUGCUUUAGUCACUUGUAUUGUGAGUAAAUAAGUCCCAAAAUAAGUAAUGAUAUUGCAAAGUGAUUACAAUAAAUGGCACCUAUUGUAUUUGUCAAAAUGUGUAGUGUGUAUUAAUUUUUUAAAAUCAUGUUUUUAUGAGUUUUUGUUUUUGGCUACAUUUUGCAUUGUAACAAAAUUAGUUUGGAUUUUGCUGA